AUGAGGGUGAUUCGGGCUGUUGCUACUCUCCACGCCGGCCGCGCUGCCGCCGUGCGCCAGGGUGUUCGCUCCGUCAGUCUUGGAGCAUGCCGCGCCGCCGUUGAGACGCCGUCCCUCCGGUGGACUGGCUCCCAGUUCGAGAGCCGCCGUCUGUUCAGCAGGUCCUCCUACCUAAGGAAUGCCAACAUGACUGCGGCCGAGAUUGCUCUCAAGCAGGCCAAGGAACUCGCCGCUUCCAACAUGACCCCCGAGGCCGCUGCCGCCCGUAUGACCCCCGAGGAGGCCAAGAGACUGGCCCGUGUCCGUAACAUUGGUAUCGCCGCCCACAUCGACUCCGGCAAGACCACCGUUACCGAGCGCAUCCUUUUCUAUACCGGCAGAGUCAAGGCCAUCCACGAGGUUCGUGGUCGCGAUGGUGUUGGUGCCAAGAUGGACUCCAUGGAACUCGAAAGAGAGAGAGGUAUCACCAUCCAGUCUGCCGCCACUUUCGCCGACUGGAAGAAGAAGGAGAAGGGCGUGGAGGAGACUUACCACAUCAACUUGAUCGAUACCCCCGGCCAUAUCGACUUCACCAUCGAGGUCGAGCGUGCCAUGAGAGUCCUUGACGGAGCCGUCAUGGUUCUCUGCGCUGUUUCUGGUGUCCAGUCCCAGACCAUCACCGUCGACAGACAGAUGAAGCGCUACAACGUCCCCCGUAUCUCUUUCGUCAACAAGAUGGAUCGUAUGGGUGCCAACCCCUGGAAGGCCGUCGAGCAGAUCAACACCAAGCUCAAGAUUCCCGCCGCUGCUAUCCAGGUCCCUAUCGGCUCUGAGAAGGAGCUCGAGGGUGUUGUCGACUUGAUCGACAUGAAGUGUAUCCGUAACGACGGUCAGCGUGGUGUCAACCUCAAGAUCUCCAAGGAGAUUCCUGCAGAAAUCAAGGAGCUUUGCGAGCAGAAGAGACAGGAACUUAUCGAGAAGCUCGCCGAUGUCGAUGAUGAGAUUGCCGAGAUGUUCCUUGAGGAGCAGACCCCUACCCCCGAGCAGAUCAAGGCCGCCAUUCGCCGCGCUACCAUCGCCUGCAAGUUCACCCCCGUCCUCAUGGGUUCCGCCAUUGCCGACAAGGGUGUCCAGCCCAUGCUUGACGCCGUUUGCGACUACCUCCCCAACCCCAACGAUACCGACAACACUGCCCUCGACCGCUCCAAGGGCGAGCAGCCGGUCAAGCUCGUCCCUUACAACUCCCUUCCCUUCGUCGGUCUUGCCUUCAAGCUCGAAGAGAACCCUUACGGCCAGCUCACCUACAUGCGUGUCUACCAGGGUUCCCUCAAGAAGGGCGCCUACCUCUACAAUUCCCGUGGCAACAAGAAGGUCCGUAUCCCCCGUAUCGUUCGUAUGCACUCCAAUGAAAUGGAGGACGUCAACGAGAUUGGCGCCGGUGAAAUUUGCGCCGUCUUCGGUGUCGACUGCGCCUCUGGUGAUACCUUCACCGACGGUGGUCUCCCUUACUCCCUGAGCUCCAUGUACGUCCCCGACGCCGUCAUGUCGCUCAGCAUCAAGCCCAAGCGCUCCAGCGACGCCGACGCCUUCUCCAAGGCCAUGAACCGCUUCAUGCGUGAGGAUCCCACUUUCCGUCUCCACGUCGAUGAGGAGUCGGAGGAGACCAUCAUCAGCGGCAUGGGUGAGUUGCAUCUCGAGAUUUACGUUGAGCGUCUCCGCCGUGAGUACAAGGUCGAGUGCGAAACUGGCCAGCCCCGCGUCUCUUACCGCGAGACCAUCACCCAGAAGGCCGAGUUCGACUACCUUCUCAAGCGCCAGUCCGGUGGCCCCGGUGAUUACGCCCGCGUCGUCGGCUGGAUCGAGCCCAACCCGAACGGCGGCGAGGACAAUCACUUCGAGUCGCGCGUCGUCGGCGGCACUAUUCCCGACAAGUACAUCUCUGCCUGUCAAAAGGGUUUCCAGGAGGCCUGCAUCAAGGGCCCCCUGCUCGGCCACAAGGUCAUCGGCUCCUCCAUGGUCAUCACCGACGGUGCCACCCACGUUACCGAUUCGUCCGAUUACGCCUUCAACCUCGCCGCCCAGAUGGCCUUCGGCAAGGCCUUCACCGCCGCCGGCGGCCAGGUGCUCGAGCCCCUGAUGAAGACCACCAUCUCGGCCCCCGCCGAGUUCCAGGGUAACAUUCUCAUGCUGAUGAACAAGCGCGGCACCAUUGUCGAUACCGAGGUCGGUGCCGACGAGUUCACCAUGGUCGCUGACUGCUCCCUGAACGCCAUGUUCGGCUUCUCCACCCACUUGCGCGCUGCUACCCAGGGCAAGGGCGAGUUCUCCAUGGAGUUCAGCCAUUACGCUCCUGCGCCGCCCCACCUCCAGAAGGAGUUGGUGCAAAAGUACCAGAAGGAGCUCGAGGCUAAGCGCAUAAAGUAAGCUGGCUGUUGAAGAACUGCAAAGCUUCGAAUUGGCUUGCUGCUGCGGUUGAACUCGAGAGGCUCGCGCUGCUGGCCCUCACGUGGCGCUUGCUUUCAGCCUGAGAGUCAGGUUCGGAUCUGGUCUUGGGGCUCGAAUGAAAGGCCAAUUUCGAGCCGUCAGUCUACCCUGGACUUGAUGUUGUUGAACGGUCGAAGUAGCGUCCUUCGGCUGGACGAUAAUUGCUGCUCUGGCCUAGACAAAACGGACUAUCCUUCCCCA